UUCUAGGCGGUCUACCCGCCCGGACGUUGUCUCUGUAAGCCUUUUGGGUUCAAAGACUGACGAAUGCUCAGAUAGAGCUGAGAUUCGAGCAAUAUCUAAAGCUUUUUCGGGAGAAUUGAGUGCUGUGGUUUUUGCUGAAGACAGCGGUUCCGGUACUAUGUUGAGCUGUGGCGUGACAGUUGAUCAAAUCUCAAAAAUCCGCAUAAAAACAACGACAAAAAUCCUAUUUGUUGAUGCUGCACCUGCUCGAAUUCAUCUUGAAGCUCUGAACUCUGAGGGCGAUACCUUCUCUACGUUAAGUGAGAUCCCAAUUGAAUGGGAAUUGUCACAUACCGGGGAAGGUCGCCCACUUCGAAUUGUACCUUUUGAGCAAUCCACGUAUGAAGCACCGGCUGAGAUUGUAGCUCUGGAGAGUAGGAAGAAGAAAGGUUAUAUUAUUCUUGUGGAGGGAGUUUUGACUGGAUCAGCAACCCUAACUGCAAAGUUUGCAGAGCCGCACUAUAAGAGCAUCGAUUCUCAUAGCCUGGAGCUUGUAGUUGUAGCUAACUUGCUGCUUUUACCUGCCCAUGAUCUUUUUUUACCAGUCAAUGCGGUGGUACCGUUCCAAGUACAAAUUGUAAGACAAAGCAGCACAGAAGGUGAGCAUCAGAGAACUCUAGCUUUUUUUUAUUUUUGCUCAUUGAUUAGAAAGAAUUGCUUUCGUUUGAGAUUGACUUUUAGAAGAAGCAGUAAGCUGCCUUCCUUUGCUUUAUUUCAUGCAUCAUGCUUUAGCUUUGUCUUUUUUACGCUAUUUUAGGC